AUGGUUGGGACACAUAGGGGAGCUAUGAAGGUCCUUUUGCUUCUAACUGUGGCGGCGGUGGCCCUGGGAGACGACCUGCAAAGAACCGCCAUCUUAAUGUACAAUAUACCUGCGACACAAUCAUCGCAAAUGCCACGAACAUUGCAGGUGGACGAGGACCGGGGCGACAGCGAGUACCACUUCGCCUGGCUCCACGACGGCGGCCGGACCUACGACUGGCAGGGCGCCAACAGCUACUGCUCGAGCCUCGGCCGCGGCUGGAAGGGCAUCAGCAUCGAGACCAGGGAGAGAACGACUUCGUCACCGAUCAAGACUUUGGCUUCCCUCUCAGACGAGCUGCCGUGGGUCUGGACCGGAGGCCAACGCAGGGGACGCGACUUCGUGUGGCCUUCAGGAGCCCGUUUCGUGGGUCUGAACUGGUCUCACACCGGCGGCAAGGAAGAACUCUCCAUUUUCUCAACUCUUCUAAUUCCUCUUCUUCUCGCCGGCAGGAAGAAGCAACCGCAACCGGACAACCGCGAGCAAGGGGGCGAGAACUGCGUGGCCGUCCUCAACGACUUCUACGACGACGGCGUCAGGUGGCACGACAUCGCCUGCCACCACGAGAAGUCCAUCAUCUGCGAGCGCGACGACUGA